UAUAGAUUUAGAAUUCCAUUCACAAAAAUGAUCGAUCACCGAAUUUUAAUGGCGUCUCCACCUGACACGAGCAAGCUUGAGCGCUACAACAGCUACCUCCGCCGUAUAAACAACACUAAACUCUUAGCAGCUUCAUCCAAGCUUCUCUUUCGAGCAACCCUUUUCGUAGCCCUCAUACUCAUCUUGUUCUACACCCUCAAUUACCCCAUACUUUCAGAUCAUCCCCACCGUAUCCAUGUCCACCAGAACAUCCUCUCCACCGCCUUCAAUGGUGGCGCCGCCUGGGAAAAACAAGCCAUCCACUCCUCAACCCCUCGUCGACCACACGGCUUCUCUGUCUUGGUCACCGGCGCAGGUGGUUUCGUCGGUACCCACUGCUCACUCGCAUUGAAGAAGCGUGGUGAUGGUGUUCUCGGCCUCGAUAACUUCAAUUCCUACUACGAUCCAACCCUGAAACGAGCCCGUCAAGCUCUGCUCUCCAAACACCAAAUCUUCAUCGUCGAAGGCGAUCUCAACGAUGCCCAAUUGCUCUCCAAGCUCUUCGAUAUCAUCCCAUUCACCCACAUCCUUCACUUAGCGGCACAAGCAGGAGUUCGAUACGCCAUGAAAAACCCCCAAUCGUACAUUCGAUCCAACAUCGCUGGGUUCGUGAAUUUACUGGAAACCGCCAAAUCGGCUAAUCCACAGCCAUCCAUUGUGUGGGCUUCGUCAAGCUCCGUCUACGGCCUCAACACACAGAAUCCCUUCUCAGAGUCCCACAGAACAGACCAACCGGCGAGUCUCUACGCAGCCACCAAGAAAGCCGGCGAAGAAAUAGCUCACACAUACAACCACAUCUACGGGUUAUCCAUCACGGGUCUCCGGUUCUUCACGGUUUACGGACCCUGGGGUAGACCCGACAUGGCUUACUUCUUCUUUACCAAAGAUAUAUUACAUGGGAAGCCGAUUACGAUCUAUAAGACCGCAGACGAUAAGGAGGUGGCGCGUGAUUUCACUUACAUCGACGACGUCGUGAAAGGGUGUUUAGGUGCUUUGGAUACGGCGGAGAAGAGUACGGGUAGUGGUGGCAAGAAGAAAGGGCAAGCGCAGUUGAGGAUUUACAAUUUGGGUAACACGUCACCGGUGACGGUGGGAAGGCUCGUGUCGAUACUAGAAGGGUUAUUGAACGUGAAGGCUAAAAAGCAAGUGGUGAAGAUGCCUAGGAAUGGAGACGUGCCCUAUACGCAUGCUAACGUGAGCCUGGCUUAUGGGGAUUUCGGGUACAAGCCUACCACUGAUUUGGGAACUGGGUUGAGGAAGUUCGUAAAGUGGUACGUUGGAUAUUAUGGGAUUCAGUCAAGGGUAAAAAAGGAAGGAGAUAGUGAUUCGCAUUCUUCAUAGGAAAAAAUAAAAAAGAAGAAUUUUUAUUUAUUUAUUAUUUUAGAUUA